GGCUGGGACAUGGAGGUUGUGGGGGGACAGGUGGAGCAGCUGCCGGUGCUCCUGGCUGUGUCCCGCUCCGCGUUGGUGCGGGACUGGGACUCUCUCACUCUGGACAGGGCUCUAGAGUGGACUCGGUAUUUCCAGCACCUUUAUGACCGGUUCCGUGCCCGGCCCCAGCUCUGGGAGGCCCUCGGGCGGCGGCUGCGCCGGUCUCAGCCGUACCCUCUGCUCAGCUUCCCCACACUGGGCCGCUGCACACAGCUGUUGGGGCUGGCGCUGCUGGAGAACCGCGCUUUGCCGCCCGCCGCCUGCCGCCGCCUGCUCCGCAAUCUUCUGCAGCCUCCCAGCGCGGGGACCAGCCCUGACCCCGGCUUCCCGGAAGUGGUCGUCCGCCGCAAGGCCGCGGCCUGUCUGCUAGCGCUGUCCCGCCGCCCUCCCCGGCGUCCGCCCGGGCCAGAGCCGCAGCUGCAGGCGGAGGCUCAGCUGCUGCUGAGCCGACUGCAGGAGGAGGGGCAGGAGGUCGGGGAGGCUGCUGGGCAGCUGCAUUGGCUGUGCAGUGUUCUGGAGCAGCUGCCCCAGCCCCGCGCCUUCGAGGUCGUGGCGGCGGCGCUGGCUCUGCUCAAGCAGGGACGUGGCACUGAGCAGGCUGGCGACAGGGAUCGAGAUGGGAGCAGCAGUCUAGACGGGUACCAGGCGAGUGCUGCAGGGGACGAAUGCACCGCUGGACUCCUGUUUUCCUGGCUGUUGGGCAACCAGGAGCGAUUUUCUGCCUUUUGCCUUUACCUCCCAUAUUCCCAUCUUGCCUUCCUAGCUGGUCACUAUUCCCAGUUAAGCAGGUCUUAUUUGGACCUCUUAACCGGUUGGGGAAGCCACUUGAUUUAUGACCCCUUGCAGGGACGGUGGGUUAAAAGUUGCAUUGAAAAAGCUGAAUUGUCUUGGGAAGAAUUAAGGGAGCGCUUCAUCUGCCUCUGUCAGGAAUCUACACUGCUUAAAGAACAAACCCAAGCUGCUUUGCAGCUCCUGAGGACACAAGAUGGAGACUUCAAAGUCUGUGGCCUAAGUGUGUGGACUGAUUUACUGAUGGAAGUAGGCUACUAAUGCAUGAACACAAAAGCAGCAUAAAAACUUAUAAAAUCAAGUAAAUCUGGUUAACUAUUUGAUGUGAAAGGCAAGACUGCUACACUUUACUUUGUUGAAAACCAAAUGUUACUGGUGAUCACAAUGAUUCUGACUGCAUCUGUUUUUGAGGUGUUUUAGGGAAGCCUGGUGUUUUCUUGUAAUUGUGCUGUCAUUUCUGGUGAACACAGAAAUUAUUUUUUCUUUUCACUACUUGAUUAAUUAUCUAAUAAAAUGAAAAUCCUUUCUGUCUCAAA